CGGGCGGUCACGAGACUGGUGACAUCACGUAGGUGUUAAAACCGGCUGUAUGAAGAAGUCCCAGCAGUUCCGACUCCGACAGACAGACAGACAGACAGACGGACAGGGCGAGCCACACCUGAGGACACUAGUUAUCUUCUGCAGUUAUGGCUCCGCAGACGCGAUGGUUUCACCUGUUCCUCCUUUUGUGCUGCGUGCGGAGCUUCCAGUGUAUGACAACGAUAGAGAACAGAGGCCUCACUGGUACAGAGAAAGCCGAAGGGGUGUGGCUCAACGCCCAAGUCAGUCAAGUGUUGACCAGCCGUCUAACAACCGUCUUCAUCCCAAUCGUCUACAUCAUCGUGUUUGUUGUGGGACUGCCCACCAACGCCAUGGCAAUCUGGGUGUUCCUCUUCAGGACCAAGAAAAGACACCCGUCGUCCAUCUACAUGGCCAACCUGGCUCUGGCUGACCUGCUGUUUGUCAUCUGGAUCCCCUUAAAGAUAGCGUACCACUUCAACGGCAACAACUGGAUCUACGGGGAGGGCUUGUGCAAAGUGCUGGUGGCGUUUUUCUACGGCAACAUGUACUGCUCCAUCUCCUUCAUCACCUGUAUAAGUGUUCAGCGUUACUGGGCCGUGGUCCACCCGCUGUCCCAUCAGCAGAAAGACAACCGUGUAGCUGUCGCCGUCUCCGUCACGGUCUGGGUGGUGGUCUGGCUCCUCACCAUCCCGCUCUACCUGUAUGAACAAGAGGUCCGGGUCCCGAACCUCGACAUCCAAACCUGCCACGAUGUCACCAGGCCCAGUCAGAAGGAAAUAGCUGCGGGCUACUUCCUGACAAUGGGAAUUGUGGGAUUUGUUGUGCCCACCGUCGUGUGCAUCAUAUCCUACGUCCUCAUGCUCAAGUCUCUCAGGAACAGCAUGGCGGACCCCGACAUCGCCAAGAGGCGACGAAAAGCCGUGGUCCUGAUCAUCACCGUGCUGGUGAUGUUUUUGGUGUGCUUCACCCCCAGUAAUAUCAUGCUGCUGGUGCACUACGUCCUCCUGUUGGUUGGGGCCAACAACAACCUGUACGGAUUUUAUAUCACCACCCUGUGUUUGGCGAGUCUCAACAGCUGCUUCGACCCCUUUGUUUACUACUUCAUCUCCGAGGACUUCAGGGACCAUGUGAAGAACACGUUCCUGUGCAGGAGUGAGAGGACAGUGGAGAGGAUGAGGGUCUCCUUCAGCGCUCUCAAGUUCUCCAAGAAGAGCAACACGUAUACGUCUGAUUCAGGGAACACUCGGAGCACUGAGUGCUAGUGCAUUUUUGGUUUUUAGGUUAGUCAUCAUUAAACUCCCCCUAAAAUAACUUAUUUCGUCUCUGGGAACUUUGGGGAGUCAUCUGUGCUAAAUACCUCCGAAAAGCUUUAAGCUGUCUAAGUUACUGCUUUUUUUUAAAGACAUUUUGUAUGCAUCCUUGACAAUUAGGGCUGCACGAUAUGAGGAAAAUAUCUA